CGGGUACAUGAGGGGUCUUUUGAACCGUGCUUCAUACCUUGUUGUUACUUCUAGUUUUCUUGUCAAUGACUUUUGUAUUAUGUUUUAGCUUAGCUUGAUUGAAUGGAUAUAUCUUUGUGAACAUUGAGUAAAAAUGAUUAAUUUUGUAAUUGGUAAAAUCCUUUGUGAACACAGAGUAAAAGCGAUUAAUAUUGUAAUUGGUAAAAUUUGGCAUUGCAGGACUGAAUUAUGCCGCUUCAGUGGUUCCAAGGUAUACCCUGGUAAAGGUAUCAGAUUUCUUCGUUCAGAUUCUCAGGUCUUCCUCUUUGCCAACUCUAAAUGCAAGAGGUACUUCCACAACCGUCUAAAGCCAUCUAAGCUUACAUGGACAGCAAUGUACCGAAAGCAGCAUAAGAAGGACAUUGCUGCAGAAGCAGUUAAGAAGAGGCACCGCACCACAAAAAAGCCCUACUCAAGGUCCAUUGUUGGUGCUACACUGGAGGUCAUUCAAAAGAGAAGAACUGAGAAACCUGAAGUUCGAGAUGCAGCACGGGAAGCUGCUUUACGUGAAAUUAUAGAGAGGAUUAAGAAAACUAAGGAUGAAAAGAAGGCUAAAAAGGCUGAGCUAAUGUCAAAGCAACAAAAGACUCAAAGUAAGGGUAAUUUGCCCAAGAGUGCUGCAACAAAAGGCCCCAAGCUUGGAGGUUGUGGUGGAAAGCGCUGAAACUUUUAUUCUUGGUGUAAUAGAAGUUCUCAGCGGUUUUGUAUUAUGUGAUCUUGAAAUUUUCUGCCCUGGAUAUUUUAUCAGCUUGCACUGAGCAAAUUUAUUCUUUCAUGGUUUACUGUUUGGUGGUUUCAAAUGGAGAAAUGAAAGGUAUCGUGGAUUCAUUUGGAUCUUCGUUUUUUCUGGAUUUUCUUUAAUGUACCAAGAAUUGAUUUGGUUACAAAAGGUGGCAUUUUUUAGAAAGCUGGAAAAAUAUUUUUUUCUUCAAUCAUGCUUUUUGUAUGGUCCCUGAGCGCAAGGAAUGCCGUGCUAUAGCAUUGCCAAGAAUCUUCAAAUCAUACACGAUAUAUGCAAC